AAUUAUAAAUCCUACUACAUAUUUGGGUAUGAAUUGUCCAGUUUGUCCCUCACCUUUUGUUGUAUCUACUGUAUUUUGCCACUCCAUACACUUGCUUUAUACGGUAUAACAACGUGGCAUCUCUUUCAGCCACACAACACAGCUGAUGUACACAGCUCAUACACAAAUCUUCUCAUGUACACAACUCAAUACACAAUUAGGGUUCAAAAUUAAAAUGAAAGCCGAGUAACCUCUCCCGCGUGAGCUCUGGAGAUUUCCGCCGUGUUCUUCAUCUUCUUCUCCGAGCCUUGCUUUCAUUAUGGAAGAGUUUUGCUGUUUUGCGAGUUCAGAUUACAUCAUAUAUAUGCAAGAGGCUUGAAAAGGAACCCACAGCCGCUACCCUUUGGAUGCACAUUAGGUAAACCCACGAGCUCACGUAAUAGCCUGCAAACCACGUGAACCAAGUUACUCUAUCCUAAAGUUGCUCCGGAACUCUUGCAAGGUUCUCGAACAUCCAUUAGUAGCAAGAGUUGGAUUUAUUUCUAGACCUGCAAAGUUUAUGGUAAGAGAUGAUUUUAUUGCGACACCAUUAUAUAAUCAGUGAUCUUUCAAAGUUCCAAUUAAUGAUGUUCAGCAAAAGAUAGUGCAAAUUGGCCCGUAGGAGUGAGUUAAUUGCAACUUCUGUAAACAUAUCAGCUUAUGACAGUGUUUUGAAGUGUAAAAAUAUGAGAAAUUAAACUUCAUGGAUUGAAGUGAAAUUUUAAUAUGUUUAUGAUUUCAAAAACAGGAGUGGUGAAUGUUUAUGAUUUUGAGUUUACUGACGUAUAAAAAUCUGCAAACAUGAUUAUUAUUAUGUUAUGAAAUUCGCUAUAUACAGAUUGCAUCCCAUUGUCCUAGUACAAGACAAGGCUAAAAAACCAUGUCGAAAAUAGUAAGCAGCAACUAGAGACAGCGACUCAAUGUCCACGAUCAAAUGAUCAUCUUGUUCUUCAUAUCUAGUAGCUACAAGAAGAAAGUUUCAGUUACAUGUAACAUAAAUGUAAUUCAGAAUGAAUGAGAAGACGAUUUACAGGUACGCAAGCAUCUAUGAAUUUACCUUCAGACGGAUAAAACCAACUUCUCAAGCACAGCAGGGCUUCUAUAUCUUGCAUAUUCCAUGAAAAUACAGAUUUAGAAAUUGCUUUUCUAUUCCAUGAGUAUCUUAAGAAGAUUUAGAAAUUUAUCUUAUGGUGAAUCCUUCCGCCUUUGUUUUAAGACAGAACAAAGAAUGUCAGGUUCCUCCUUCAAGAUUCUUUUUGCAAUCUAUUGGUAAUUACUAUCAAAUAGGAUGAGAAUGAGCAGUACUAUCAUGCUUGGCAUUACUUUUGUGAUUGUAUCGAUGAUCAUGACAAGAAUUGCAUCAGACUCUCAGGCGGAAGAGCUCCUAGAGCGGUGCAGUAGAUUUGAAGUAACAACAGACCUGUCGACUUUCUUGAGUAGUGUUAACAAGACCCUUGGAGAGAUGUGAAAACAGCUGUUUAAUGCACACGUUGCGACAGCAUAUGAAACAGAUGUGUUCGGGAUGGCUCAGUGCAGGAACUAUCUCUCAACUGUGGAUUGUUUGGCUUGCUUUGAUGCUGGAGUCACUCAAAUUAGACGUAAGUGUGAUGCUACAAUGGAUGGAGCGCACUUUAUAUACCAAGGAUGCUUCCUCAGGUACGGAAUUUACAACUUCUACAAAGAGAUAACAUUUGAAAGCCCUGUAUUGGUUUGUAGCUACAAUCAUAGUGUAGCCGAGCCAACUGCUUUCAAUUCAAUAGCGCAAGAAUUAUUAACAGAGAUUGCUGCUGCCACACCAAAGAUUAAAAAUUACUUUGCAGCAGCAAAAAGGCAAGCGUUCAGUAGCAGUACAGCACCAACAGUGUAUGCUGCUGCCCAAUGUCUGGAGACUAUAAGCCCGAGUGACUGCAGAAAUUGCUUGGCAAGGGUAUAUACAGACUUGCAAACAUGUCUUCCGCAACCAGGGGGAAGUUCUGUAGAACCAGGUUGUUUUCUCAGAUAUUCUGACAGAUCUUUCUUCGCUGAUAGCAACAUAACCAAUAUCACACCAUACACAGGAGGAGGAAGUUCAAGCUCAAGAAAAACCAUCAUUGGAAUUGUUGGUGGUUUAUGCUUUCUUUUCCUUAUAAUCGCUUCAGUUUUAUGGUAUCGUUUCCAGAAGGCGAAGGUAGCUGAAAGAGGUGAUUUAUUACAAGUAACCAAGCUGCAGGGUACAAUUAUCUACAGUUAUAAAGAUUUAAAAUCAGCAACAAAGAGUUUUAGCAAUGAUUGCAAAAUAGGAGAAGGAGGUUUUGCAGAUGUAUACAAGGGAAUAAUAAACAAUGGAGAUGUAGUAGCAGUAAAGAAACAUGUUCUGACUUCAAAGAAAGCAAAAGAAGAUUUUGAGGGUGAAGUUAGUCUCAUAAGUAAUAUUCAUCACCGGAAUGUCAUCCGAUUACUGGGAUGCAGUCACAAAGGAUCAGAGCUACUCCUUGUCUACGAAUACAUGGAGAAUGGAAGCCUUGAUAAAUUCUUAUAUGGUGAAAAGCAGGGGACUCUUACCUGGAAACAACGUGUUGAGAUUAUUCUUGGCAUAGCUAGGGGCCUUGCUUAUCUUCACGAAGAAUUUCAUUUGUGUAUCAUACAUAGAGAUAUCAAAUCUAGCAACAUUCUACUCGACGAGGGCUUUCAACCAAAAAUUGCAGAUUUUGGGUUGGCAAGACUCACACGUGAGGAUCAAAGUCAUCUUAGUACUAGAUAUGCUGGCACAUUGGGUUACACAGCACCAGAAUAUGCAAUUCAUGGACACUUGACGGAGAAAAUUGAUACCUACAGCUUCGGAAUUGUUGUACUUAAAAUCAUAAGUGGCCUUCACUGCACUGACAUGAAGAUUGAUCCUGUCAACGGUUCACUACUUGAACAUGCCUGGAAGUUGUACGAAGAUGACAAGCAUCUUGAUUUGGUGGAUGAGAAACUUGAUCCAAAUGAGUAUAGUAGAGAACAUGUUAAAAAGAUGGUACAUCUUGCCUUAAUGUGCACUCAGUCGCCGGCUUCUCAGAGGCCACCAAUGUCUGAAGUAGUUGCUUUGCUUAAUAGUGAAGUUCUGUUCGAGCAAAGUCCAUUAAGCAUGCCAACAUUGGUCUAACAUAUCAAUAGAUUGACAAGAUUACCAUUUACCAAGCUUAUUAUACUUCAUAACUUUGGGUAUGUUGAUUUUCAAGAUUUUCUGUAACUUAGUACUGGGGUAAAGUAUAAUGUGCAAGCAUCUUCGGCUGCUGAUAUUUUGAUGCUACAUAAUUUUCAAGAUUUUGUUUGAUUGGUUAAUUCAUUCGAGGGAUUGUUCGUAA